AUGUGUUACAACUACUACAGUGGCUACGGUUCUGGCUGUGGCUAUGGUUCAGGCUAUGGUUGUGGCUAUGGCUCUGGCUCUGGCUGUGGUUAUGGCUCUGGCUACGGCUGUGGCUCUGGCUCUGGCUACGGUUGUGGUUACGGCUCUGGCUACGGCUGUGGUUAUGGCUCUGGCUACGGCUGUGGUUACGGCUCUGGCUACAGCUGUGGCUCUGGCUCUGGCUACGGCUGUGGAUAUGGCUCGCGCUAUGGAUAUGGCAGCUGUGGCUACCGACCAUUGUGCUACAGAAGAUGCUAUUCUUCUUGCUAUUAG